AUGCCUCUCCCUCAAUUACUCGUGGGCAAAGUUGCUGCCAUUACAGGUGGUCUCACCGGCAUCGGACGGGCAAUCGCCCUUGAAUACCUUCGCAAUGGAGCCAACGUCGCGAUUAGCCACCUUGGCGGCCCCAAGGAGGACGACUUGUUGGACGCGAUGCGUAAGGAAGUGAACGAGAUUGAAGCAGGGGCCUACCAAACACGAUUUAUCACAGUCACUGGUGACAUCUCACAGCCUGCCACGGGAAAGAACUUCGUUGCCAAGACAGUCGAGGCAUUUGGGCGUCUGGAUGUAUUCGUCAGUAAUGCGGGAGUGUGCCAAUUCGCAGAUUUUCUGGAGCUUGAGCCUUCCCUCCUUAAUCACACCGUUUCCACAAACCUUUCCGGCGCCUUCUUUGCUACACAAGCCGCGGCACGACAAAUGGCGCUCGCCCAAUCCCCGCCCGGGGGCUCCAUUAUUGGCAUCAGCUCAAUCUCGGCACUUGUUGGUGGUGGUGAACAGACACACUACACUCCCACCAAGGCCGGAGUACUGAGCUUGAUGCAGUCAUGUGCUGUGGCAUUGGGGAAAUAUGGAAUCCGCUGCAAUGCGCUCCUCCCUGGAACCAUUCGCACUCAACUGAAUGAUGCCGAUAUGGCUGAUCCCGAGAAGCGGUCAUACAUGGAAGGUCGCAUUCCUCUAGGCAGAUUGGGCCAGCCACCAGACUUGGCUGGGCCUGCAGUGUUCUUGGCCUGUGAGGAGUUAAGCGGUUAUGUCACGGGUGCGCAGCUAUUGGUUGAUGGUGGACUCUUUGUCAAUCUUCAGUAG